AUGGAUUACGGGUUUAGAUAUGUAGACCCUAAUUUAUUUUUAUGGGUCAAAUUAGGAUCAAGUUGAGGAAUAAGAUGAAUUUUUGUCAAGUCUAAUUCUCAUAAUUUACAAUACAGCGUUAUGUCAUGGCACGCGAGUUCGGGGGCCGAAGUCACGGGCAUCGUGGCACGGAGUUGCAGCCAUGGGCACAUAGGGGGUGUAUCCAGCGUCCAGAGGGCAUGCAAUGCAACGUCGCGAAGUGCGAGCGCGGACAUGAGGGUAGGCGCGAGCACGAGCAUGCGCGAAAGUGGAAGCGCGAGCAGAAGUGUGGACGCGGCCAUGCGGGCAUGCGGGAUGCGGGUGUUGGUGUUGCGACACAGGGUUGCGACUAUGACGCUUACGUAUACGAGGAUGCAGGCACAAGGUGGAUCGCGCAAGAUGCAGCGGGCCUUGCUAGCGGAGGCGUCGAUAUCGGGGCCGUGGCGUGAAGUUAGGACAGGAUGCAUGGGAGCGUGCAGAAGCAGUCGGGGGCGAUAUGCGUGGGCGCGCGAGAGUGUCCUGGUCCGAGACAUGGGUGCACGCACGGGCAAGCUAGGUCGAGGCGCUGGCACGCAUGGGCGCGGUAUGGCUCGAGGCGUUGGGCGUCCAGGCCAAGGCUGUGGCACGGGGUCACAGUCGAGACACAGGCGCGCGAGCACAGAUGGGAGUGGCCUAGAAAAUUCCAAAAGCAGCCUGGGAGGUCUGGAUAAGGAUCAGAACAGUGGUCUGGAUAAGGACAGAACAGUGGUCUUUAUAAUUUAACUACUUAUUAUUAUUUAAAAUCCACUAAUCUUAACUCACAACUGAAUUUUGUAGAAAAAGAAAAAAAAAAAAACCAGCUCUUGUGUUUUCAAUGCCAUUUCUCUAAUAUCUAGCUCUAUUGUUCCAGUGUCAAUCUCCUUUAACUAAUCAACUUCAAAAAAACAA